CCUGCUGCUGCUGCUUACGUCUUUUUGCUCUCCCCCCCUCUGGAACGCUUCUUUCCACUCGCUGAAACGUUCCUUGCCCUUUCGUCUCACACGCAUAUUCUCCAACGGCUUUUGAGAUAUCUAUCUCCUCAAAAACUGUAUUCUAAUGAUGUCUCUGUCGCAGCAGAUAAAGAAUCUGAUCCGUCACGGAAAAGGAGCAAAGCAGACACCUAAUGACGAUCCCACUACGCAUGUCUCGCCUGUUAAUGUUCAUCAACACCACCAAGCACGAGCUCACGAUAAUGCCCCACGACAAGACGCAAAUCAUUACGCCAACACCGACCCGAACAUGAUCGCCCACCAAGCUCACCAGGUACCGCACGGCGACGCAUACUCCAUGGCUGACGGCGACAAUCGAAACCGAGGCGCGCAAGCUGGGAAUGCGGCUGCGCACGCAGCAGAACAGAAGCAGAAGAAGACUGGCAAGGCUGUUGACAAAGAAGAGAUUGCGCGGAUAGUGGCAGAAGAGAACGAAAGCAAAGGAAAACUCCCAAGAUACCCAGGUCUGGAACGAUGGCAGUUGAUCGAGAAGAUGGGUGACGGCGCUUUUAGCAAUGUCUAUCGGGCAAAGGAUAUCGAGGGUACGGCUGGAGAGGUGGCCAUCAAAGUCGUGCGAAAGUUCGAGAUGAACUCUCAGCAGGGCGAUGCUCACCUUCAUCCGGACUUCAAAAAGCAACCGAAGGUUGUUGAGAGGGCAAACAUCUUGAAGGAGGUUCAGAUUAUGCGUCAACUGGAUCAUCCUAAUAUUGUCAAGCUGGUUGAUUUCUCCGAGUCGAGGCAAUACUACUACAUCAUAUUAGAGUUGGCACCGGGAGGGGAAUUGUUCCACCAAAUCGUUCGUCUCACGUAUUUCAGCGAGGAUCUAUCACGACACGUCAUUACUCAAGUUGCAGAAGCAUUAGAGUAUCUGCAUGAAGAGAAGGGUGUCGUUCACAGAGAUAUCAAGCCUGAAAACUUAUUAUUCUCGCCAAUUCCUUUCAUGCCUUCGAAGCACCCAAAGCCUAAAGCUCCCGAAGAUGAGGACAAGGUUGACGAGGGAGAAUUCGUUAAGGGUAUUGGAGCUGGAGGUAUUGGAAAGAUCAAGAUCGCUGAUUUUGGUCUGAGUAAGGUAGUGUGGGACAAUCAGACUAUGACGCCUUGUGGAACUGUUGGUUACACUGCACCGGAAAUUGUCAAGGAUGAACGUUACUCGAAAAGCGUCGACAUGUGGGCAUUGGGAUGUGUGUUGUACACGUUACUUUGCGGUUUCCCACCUUUCUACGAUGAGAGUAUCCAGGUUCUUACUGAGAAGGUUGCACGAGGUCAAUACACUUUCUUGUCGCCAUGGUGGGACGAUAUUUCCAAACCAGCUCAGGAUCUUGUCUCACACUUACUUACCGUCGACCCUGCCAAGCGAUAUACCAUCAGACAAUUCUUAGAUCAUCCAUGGAUCAGGGGUACCGAAGAGCCAACAUAUGCUGCUCUGGACGCACCACCACUCGCUACGCCAGCUGUUGAACGACAAAGACAAUUAGGAGGUGGUCAACUCAAGGCAUUCGAUCCCACACUUCUCGAGUCACCAGGUGCAGGCAAGCGAAUGGAUUUCCGAAGUCCAGGUGCCGUCAACCUACGUGAGGUCUUUGAUGUCGGUUACGCAGUCCACAGACAAGAAGAAGAAGCCAAGCGCCGCAAGAAUUUCAACCCAGGUUACCGAGGCGCAGCCGCAGUCAACGGACUCAACCCUAUCGACGACGACGACAUGGCUGAGGAAGAAGAAUACGAAGAAGAUAUCGGCGUCCCAUCCAAGGUCCCCAAGGCCAGAGAUGCGGAUGUCCAUCAAGUAGAGCAAGGAUUACGAAACACAAACCUGAACGCCGCAGCAGCAGCCAGAGUCCCGCAACAAAAGGGCUACGGCCAACACAGCGCGGCCGUAACAGCUGCAGCGAAGCAACAGGUCCGGAAUCGAAAGGGCGCUUUUGAACUUAAUCUCGAUGGAGCAACACUGUUGGGUAGGAGAGGACAGAAGGGUCCGAGUGGGUUGCGGGAGACGACCGUUGCGCAGUAAUUCAGCGUAGUGUGUGCGCGUGGUAACAUGGAAAGUA